AUGGGCCUGCGCCGCCCAAUGCUGGCCACCACGUGCGGCUGCUCCCACAGCCGGCCUAACGGCUACCCAGCCGAAGAGCACGACAUCACUACCGGCGACGGCUACAUCAUCACCAUCCACCGAAUCCCGUACGGCCGGGCGGGGCCGGGCGCCGGGCCGCGGCCUGUCGCCCACCUUCAGCACGGCCUGCUGUCGGCCAGCUCCGACUGGAUCAUGCAGCCGCCCGACAGGGCACUAGCCUACAUGCUGGCGGACCGCGGCUACGACGUGUGGCUGGGUAACGCGCGGGGCAACACCUACUCCCGGCAGCACGUCAACAUGACCGCCGACGAGCCGGACUUCUGGAAGUUCACGUGGGACCAGAUGGGUAUGUAUGACGUACCGGCCAUGAUCGACUUCAUUCUGGAAACGACGGGUCAGAAAGAUCUGUAUUACGUUGGACAUUCCAUGGGUAAGUCCAUGUUCUGGGUGAUGAUGUAUAACCACCCCGAGUACAACGACAAGGUGCGGCUGAUGCAGGGCGUGGGGCCCGUGGCCCGGCUCGACCACACCUCGUCCGUCAUCCGGUACUUCGCGCCGUUCGCCAACCAGAUAGAGAAACUGGCCGAAUGGAUCGGCUAUGACGAGUUUAUGCCGAGCGACGCGCUGAUGACGCUGUUCGCCGAGCUCGUCUGCGAGCCGACCGAAUCCACGCAGUUCAUCUGCGACGACAUCCUCUUCCUGCUCUGCGGCUACGACCCCUCGCAGCUGAACGAAACGGCGCUGCCUGUCAUCAUCGCCCACACGCCGGCCGGCGCCUCGACGCGCACCCUCGUACACUACGCCCAGGAGAUCGACUCCAAGAAGUUCUCGCACUUCGACUGGGGUUCGGAGGAGAACAUGCAGCGGUACGGGCAGCGCACGCCGCCGGAGUACACCCUGGACCGGGUGACGUGUCCGGUAGCGCUCAUCUGGGCCGACAACGACCUGCUGGCUGACCCCCAGGACGUGUCCUGGCUGGCCGAGAGACUUCCGAACAUCGUGGAGAAGUACCGCGUUCCGCUGUCCUCCUUCAAUCACCUGGACUACCUGUGGGCCAUCGACGGAGACAAGCUCGUCUACAACCACCUCAUCGAGAACAUGCAGAAGUACUGAGGCUCACUGCCACCAAAUCGCAAGCGGCAAAAGGUUUCAUUUCAAAGAGUUCCAAAGCGAUACUAUAUGAAAUGCAUUAUUGGCAACUGGCUACAAACUGCAUCGUGGCAAAACGAAAA